UGCGUCUUUUCAAGGGAAAUCAACUCUAACACCAUAAUGGCUACCAAAACCGAACGAAGGAGGAAUUCACUGCGAAAGCAGGAUACCAGUAUCCCUCAGAAAAGAAAGAAUUCGUCAAGCAUACCCACAACAAAUAAGUCCAAAAAGAUCAAACAUGAUGACAUAAAAACGAAAGAAUCCAACUUAGCGGACAUAAUAACCAAAUUCAAUCUAGCUAGGAAUGAGCUCUUUCAGCUUAAGGAAUACAAGUCAUUGGUAUCGUGGGAUCCGGCAGACUUUUCUACCGCCAUCCUUGGAAAUCAGAUUCCUGAAUUGUAUGAAACAUUCCUCAAGGAUCCAAAAUAUCAACUCAAAUGGGAUGAGGGUAUUGAAAACAAAGAUCUCAGCAAUUUGCCUUUGCGGUUGCAGAAGAAAGUACUUGCGGAAAAUGAGAAGGAGCUUCUUGACAAAUAUCCAUUCAAAGAUGAAGUGAUACAGUUGAGCAUCGACAAAGAGAAAGAAUUAAUCAGUUAUAUUAAAGCAGCAACAAUACUGCCAAAGGUAGAGGUUAAAAAGUCGCGACCAGUCAAACCAGUGGUCAAUUCAGCAGGAAAAGCCAAAAAGAAGGAGCAUAUAAAGCAAGAAUCUGAUCAGGAAGAGGAGAGCGAAGAUGCAGAAGAGGAAAUAGAUGAAGAUGAAGAGGAUGACAUGAAUGAACAAGAUGAAAAUGCCACCAAAUAUAAAUUCAAAUCAAUCAAGAUUUCUUUACCUUCUCCAAAAGUUACACAUCCAUCACAUAUCCCCUUGUGGAAGCCAGAACCUGCCCCCUCCGAAAGCGCAUUAGUGGGAACAAACAAGAGCAUAGUGGAGUUUGAUCCAAAACCCGUAACAUUAAUCAGAACAUCCAAGAAAUGGGAUAUUGAUCCUUCGCUCCAAAAUAGAUUAUCCAACUACUUGAACAACAAUUUAAAAUCAGCAAUACUAGAUGAAGGCUCAGAAUUCGUUACCCCUGAAGAAUAUGAGAAAAUUUUAGCACAGCAAGAAGAACUUCUUCGUAAGCUUUUUCGCAAGACACAAGUUGACAACACUUUACAAUUGCAUGGGGACAAGAUAGAAUUGAGAAAAGCAGUUUUACCCCAAACAAACAUAAAAAGUACCAUAGAUCCCUUUAGAUCUACAGGAACGGUACUUCCUAAAAUACAAGGAGCACCAAAUAAUGUGACCUAUCAAGAUCAUUUCCUUAGUCAAGGUAUGGCUUUUUCCAAAAUUCAUCAACAAAUGAGAAAACAGCAUCAGUUGCGUACCAGAAGAGUAGCACAAAUGAUAGAGCAACACUUCAAGAAAAAGAAGGGUGAAAAAGAUAGGUUGGCAAAAGAGCGAGAGCUCAAUUUGAAAAAGAUAAGUCGUAUAGCUGUUCAGGCAGUCAAGAAAAGAUGGACACAAGCAUCUAAAGUCUACAGCUUUAUUCAACAACAAAAGGAAGAAGAACUCAAGCAGAUAAAGGGAAGAGAGCAUUUGAGUCAAAUGUUGGAGCAUUCUACACAGUUGUUGGAAGCACAACUCAACAAGCCAAUCCAAGAACGAAACAAGACAGAAGAAGAAUCGGAUGAAGAAAACUCAGAUUCUGAGGAUUCAUUGAGCUCUAGUGAUGAAUCUGAUGAUAAUGAUGAAGCUGGUGUGAACCGUUCUCAAGAAGAUAAUGACAUGAACCUUUCCAUCGAAGAAUUGAAAAGGAAGUAUGCCAAUCUUGAGGACUCGGUUGAUCCAUCUUCUAAAACUGCAACACCUGAAGAUUCUGAUGAUGAAUCUGCAUCCGAUUCUGGCGAUGAAUCUGAAUCCUCUAUUGAUGUUAAUCAAGGAUUAUCUGCGUUGUACGGAAAAUCUGCAUCAAAUGGAAGCACUGUGGAUAUAAACUCAGAUUACACUGAGGAACAAAGGGCAUUGAUAGAGAAAUUGAAUGCUGAUGGUGACAACUCAGCUCUUGAAUCCGAUACAAGUAUUAGUAUGAGCGAUGAUGAUGAUGAUGAUGACGAAGUCAGUGAAGAGGAACACCUCGACGAAGAAUCUGUAAAAGAGAAUGGAAAGAAUUCUGAAUUGGCAACCCUUUUCUCAUCAAACCAGGAUCAAAUUUCGGAUAAUGAAGAAUUUAGUGAACCCGCUUCAUCGGAAGAUGAGGAUAUGACGUCCGAUGAGGACAAGAGCGAACCCGAUACGCCAGAAAAGGAAGGUCCUGAAGCUGAAAAUGAUAUCACAGUCAAUGGUGACGAUUCUACCAUGAACGGAGAUGGAAAAUCGGCAUUAGUGAAGACUGACUCCACAUCGGAGAAAGAGUCUACUGAAAAGGAAGAAAUCAUCAAUGGUGCAAAAGUGAAGGAUGUGCCCAUCCCUUCUCUUCUUAGAGGAACUUUGAGGCCAUAUCAGAAACAAGGUUUGAACUGGCUAGCAAGUCUUUACAAUAACAACACUAAUGGGAUUCUUGCAGAUGAAAUGGGUCUAGGCAAAACUAUUCAGACAAUCUCGUUGUUAUCGUAUUUGGCAUGUGAGCAUCAUAUAUGGGGUCCUCACUUAAUUAUCGUUCCUACAUCCGUGAUGCUUAAUUGGGAAAUGGAGUUUAAAAAGUUUGCUCCUGGGUUCAAAGUUUUGACUUACUAUGGUUCUCCUCAACAGAGGGCUCAGAAGAGAAAAGGAUGGAAUAUACCCAAUGCAUUUCAUGUGUGCAUCACAUCCUAUCAGCUCGUUGUUCACGAUCAUCAGUCAUUUAAAAGGAGAAGAUGGAAGUACAUGAUUUUGGAUGAAGCUCACAACAUCAAGAAUUUUAGGUCCACAAGGUGGAGAGCAUUACUUAAUUUCAAUACUGAAAAUAGACUUCUCUUGACCGGUACCCCAUUACAGAAUAAUCUCAUAGAAUUGUGGUCUUUGUUAUAUUUCUUAAUGCCGUCUUCUAAGGUGGAUCAAGCAAUGCCUGAUGGGUUUGCGAACUUGGAUGAUUUUCAACAAUGGUUCGGUAAGCCUGUGGAUAGAAUCUUGGAGCAAAGCUCAAUUCAAGGUGGUUCCGACGUGAUAGAUGAAAAUGAGAAGACCACGAGCAGGUUGGAUGAAGAAACGAAGAACACAGUUGCAAGAUUACAUCAAGUUUUGAGGCCAUAUUUGUUGAGACGUUUAAAAAAGGAUGUCGAAAAGCAAAUGCCAGGAAAGUAUGAGCACAUCGUAUAUUGUCGUUUGUCAAAAAGACAAAGAUUCUUGUAUGAUGAAUUCAUGUCGAGGGCCAAAACCAAAGAAACGCUUGCUUCAGGAAAUUUUCUUUCGAUUAUCAACUGUUUGAUGCAACUUAGAAAAGUCUGCAAUCACCCAGAUUUAUUCGAAGUGAGACCAAUUGUGACGUCUUUGUCGAUGCCCAAAUCAGCCCCUCAUACUUUCCAAUUGACUAAUAAUGUGAUUCGCAAGUACUUAACUGAUGACACCUUCAAGAAUGAAGUCAAUUUAAAUGUCUUGAAUUUGGAUAUCACCAACACAAGUGAUUUAAAUGAGUUCGUUUGUCAAUCUACAGAAAAAUUGCAAUCAGCAUUAGAGUUACAAAGUCAAAUUGGUGAACUUGACAAACAUAUUCAAAAUGCUAAGAAGAAAUAUGGUAAUCCAGAUUUAGCAAAUUAUUUGGAAUACUACCAGUACAUCAAAUCAAAUAUCCAAGUCGAAGCAAAGGAGAGGCUUGAACAUGUAUUAUAUUUAAAUUCUUUAAGAUGUGGUAGACGGCCUAUCUAUGGAGAUUCUUUGAUUAGGUUUAUCCAAAAGGAUAAGCCUCGACCCACUACCGAUAUUUUUGAGGACUUCCGAAUGUCAAUCCCAAGAAGAGUUGAUCAAAUGAGUGAUGUUUUAGAGAAGUAUUCUGUUCUCACACCAGCUGUCGUUGCCUUGGAUAUGAAGGAUCUUCUAAUCCCGAUAGAAACACAGUAUAAAGUCAUGGAGGAAGUCAAACAGAACAGAAUUCAAAAUCCUUUCAGCAAGACCCAAGUCAAGCUUUCGAUCGCGUUCCCCGAUAAGUCCUUAUUGCAAUAUGAUUGUGGUAAGUUGCAGCAGUUGGCUGUAUUGUUGCAAGACUUGGUAUCUAAGGGACACAGAGCCUUGAUUUUCACUCAAAUGACCAAAGUAUUAGACAUUUUGGAACAAUUCUUGAACAUUCAUGGCUACAGGUACCUGAGAUUGGAUGGUGCAACUAAGAUUGAGGACCGUCAACUCUUGACAGAAAGAUUCAACAGAGAUCCUAAGAUUCCGGUAUUCAUCCUAUCCACCAGAUCUGGUGGUUUGGGUAUUAACUUGACAGGUGCAGAUACUGUUAUCUUCUAUGACUCUGAUUGGAACCCAGCCAUGGACAAGCAGUGUCAGGAUCGUUGUCAUAGAAUCGGUCAAAUCAGAGAUGUCCACAUCUACCGUUUUGUUUCCGAGUACACCAUUGAGUCCAACAUUUUGAAGAAAGCCAACCAGAAAAGACAAUUGGACAACGUGGUGAUUCAAGAAGGUGAGUUUACCACAGACUACUUCGGUAAGUUUUCCGUGAGAGAUCUUGUGGAUGAUACUGGUAUCGCCGACCAAGUCUCUGAUAAGCCACUUGAGAUGGGAGGAGAUGGAAAUGUGAAUAAUAUUCUUGCCCAGGCUGAAGACGAAGACGACAGAGUAGCUGCCAAUGCGGCCAUGAACGAAGUGGCGGUAGAUGACGAGGAUUUCAACGAAGAAAGUAAGUCUGCUACCAACGGUGGAACCCCAGCACAGACGCCUGGUCCAACACCGGUACCUGAGGCUAAUGGCAUGGCUGUUAACGGGGAGAAAUCAGGAGAAAUCGUUGAUCUCGACUUCGAAGAAGGUAUUGGUCAUGUGGACGAGUACAUGUUGAGAUUCAUCUCGGAAGGUAACUACUGGGACUAGAAAACAGUGUAUAAUAAUUGUAUAUAUUAGACAAUCUACUAAUUGCAUCCACCCACUAUCCACUAUAGGCAG